CAAAGUAUUUGCUAGCUUAUUGUGUAUGUCUACGCUACUGAAGUUGAUAUCAAGUUUUCCCGAAAGCGAAAGUCCUCGGCAGGGGAGGCUAUUCUCAGGCUUCUGCUAAGGGAAGCCAUCCUCAAGCAAUUGGCUGCUGCGAGAGAAUCACGACCCUGACGAGUAAAGACCUAUCAAUGCAGUCAUUCACAAAGGCUUCAAAAUGCUUUCAGAUGCUCAUUUCCCAGUCAUUCUUUCAGAGGUAUAUAAGAGAAAUAAAGACACAGACACCAAGACUAGAAAAGGCUUUGAAGAAGAAAAGGUUUUUUGGUGAAAGCGGCUUUGUUCUUCUGGUUGUUCCAAUUACUACAUUUUGCCUGGGUACAUGGCAAGUCAAGCGACGAAAAUGGAAGAUUGAGUUGAUAAAGUCACUAGAAGAGAAGACACAGUCUCCUCCUGUAGAACUUCCACUAAGCCUUGAAGAAAUCUCAGAAAUGGAGUACCGUCCAGUCAUAGUGCGUGGAGAGUUUGACCAUUCAAGGGAGAUGAAGAUUGGGCCUCGAAGUAACUUGCUGAAGGAAGGAGGGGGUUUGCUGACAACAGGAACUGGUGGAGGUUUCCACAUUAUCACGCCAUUCAAGCUGGCUGAUAGAGAACAAACAAUUUUAGUUAACAGAGGAUGGGUACGUGGUGAUCAUGCUGAUCCAAGGACAAGACGAGAAGGUCAGGUGCAAGGGGAGGUAGAGAUUGGUGGUAUUGUGCGCUUAGAAGAAAAGCGGUAUCCAAUGACACCUAAAGGAAACUUCAGAGAGACAGGUUACUGGCUGUACAGGGAUUUGGAAAAGAUGGCCAAAACAGCAGGCACAGAACCCAUCUUUAUUGAUCAGGAUUUGCGUACUAGUAUACCUGGAGGACCAUUGGGGGGACAGACUCGAAUCAGUCUGAGAAAUGAGCAUUUUUCCUACAUCAUCACAUGGUAUACUUUGUCCUUGAUAACAUUUGUAAUGUGGUACCGCCGGUACAUACGACCACCGCCACCUAGUACUGCAUUUGACUACAUUAGAAAAUCCUUGAAAUGAUGGAAUUGAGAAAAUGUGCUGUUCUGCGUCGAGUUAUGGAUGUGUAUAGGUGCAGGUGGAUUGCUGUCUGUCUGCCAAGACCAAUGCAUAACCUCUUGUGAAGCACUCCGCUGUUAGUCUUGAUGAGCCUAAACAAAGAAUGUAAUUAAACUGGAAGCUUUAUAAUAGGAUGCCUCGUUUUAGUAGUUAAAUGGAAAAAAUUGUCUGCCAGCAGUCCAGUUAUACAAGUUUGUGGAGUCAUAGUGCACACCUGUGCACACACACACACUCCCCACUACCACCACCAAAUUCUUGAGUGAUUAAACUGCAGCAGUGAAUACUAAUACCUUAUAACUAUAGAAAGGACACUAAAGAAAACUAAAAGAAUGUAAAAACAGUUGAAAUUGCUGUGCGAUUGUGGUAAUUCAUGCAAUAUAAAAUAACUUUUGAAAA